AACUGAGCCGGGUGACUGCCAGGUUAGCCUGCAGACCUACAGCUAUGCAGCAGCCACAAAACACAGAAACACCCCAGGCUGGACCUGUGACUUGGAGACAGGGACGCUUGGGAACAGCCCCUCUGCAGAGGGCUGAACAACAUUCCAUCAUGUCUCCUACAGGAGGGACACAUCUGAAGCUCCAUGAGGAACACGACUCUCAUCCAGGGCUCAGGGCUGCUCCUGUUGUUGGUCUUCUGGAACUCGGUCACAUGGCAUCUUCAAAGAUUUUGGGAUGCUUCCGGCUACUUUUGCCAGACCCAGUGGGAGAAACUGCUGUCUACGUUUGAAGGCUAUGAGUGGAUCCUGUACUAUAUAGGUGUUAUCCUUGUGCCGGGGCUGUGCUUCUGGGGCUUAAGUGGCCUUCUACUGCUGGUGGACACAACAGAAAAACCCACCUUCAUCUCCCGCUAUCGCAUCCAACGUGGCAAGAAUGAGCCGGUAGACCCUGUGAAGCUGCGUCAGGCUGUCCUCACAGUUCUCUUCAACCAGAACUUCAUCUCGAUCCCCAUGCUGGUCAUCUAUUAUCCCUUCUUGAAGUGGAGGAGAGACCCGUGCUCCCGAGAGCUGCCUACCUUCCACUGGUUCCUGGUGGAGAUGGCCUUUUUCACCCUUUUGCAGGAAAUCUUGUUCUACUACGCACAUCGGCUCUUUCACCACCCAAUGUUGUACAAGAAAAGUCACAAGAAACAUCAUGAAUGGACGGCACCCAUUGGUGUGGUCUCAAUCUAUGCCGACCCUCCAGAACACGUGGUUGCCAACAUGUUGCCAGUUUUGGUGGGUCCUCUAGCAAUGGGCUCUCACUUGUCCUCCAUCACUGUGUGGUUAUCCAUGGUUCUCAUCGUCAGCAUAAUUAACCACACUGGCUACCACCUGCCCUUCCUGCCUUCGCCUGAGUUCCAUGACUACCACCAUCUCAAGUCUAACCAGUGCUAUGGGGUACUGGGGUUGAUGGACCACCUUCAUGGAACUGAUACCUUGUUUAAGCAGACCAAGGCUUAUGAGAGGCAUGUCAUCCUGCUGGGCUUCACCCCGCUCUCAGAAAGCAUUCCUGAUUCUCCUAAGAAGACAAGGAGUGCACUUUGACCAUCUGGCCUCUUCCCUCAUCAGCAGACAGCCUGGGGGCCAUGCCCACCCUUACCAAUUUGCCUCCCAGGGUUAGAGAGAUGGCUCAGUGGUUAAGAGCACUGACUGCUCUUCCAAAGAUCCUGAGUU